UCAUACACAGAAAUCUAACAAUCUUCAUUCUAGCUAUCUUUCCUAGUCAGAAAUUCAGCAAAUCCUAAUGGCUUUAAAACGGGUUGAAAUGAUUGCAUUUCUGGUUCUCGUGAUGAUGAUUUGUCAUGGAGCCGUCGCUCAAUCAGGUUGCACCAGUGCCCUCAUGGGCUUAGCCCCAUGCCUAAAUUAUGUCACAGGAAAUUCCUCAACCCCAUCAUCUUCAUGCUGUUCACAACUGGCUACCGUUGUUCAAUCUCAGCCACAGUGUCUCUGUGCAAUGCUUAAUGGCGGCGGCUCAUCUUUAGGCAUUACCAUUAACCAAACACUUGCCCUGUCACUCCCCGGAGCUUGUAAUGUGCAGACACCACCAGUUAGCCAGUGCAACGCUGCCAAUAAUGGCCCAGCAACAUCACCAAUAGGUUCUCCGUUGACUCCUCCAGCAGAUUCUUCGGAUGAUACACCUGAAACUCCAAACACACCAUCAAUUCCAAGCUUUCCUGCAGGAGGUGGUUCUAAGAUAGUCCCAGCAGCAGGUGGCACAUCAGCUGCAAGCAUCACAAGGAUUCAACUUCAUCUCACCAUUUUCACCAUUUUCACUGCUUCUUGUGCUUCAAAUGUCAUUAGAUUUUGAGUUUUAGAUGAAGAGUUGGAGCUUGUACUACUAUUACUAUCUGCAGCUAUAUAUUAUGAACUUGUAAUCCUGUGGAGUUAGUGUUAUUGAAUUGUUUAUCUGAUGUAUUAUGUGUGAAAUGGUUGCAUGAAUGAGAAGCUACUAUUACUCUGA